CCCGACUCCCGACUCAUUUCCGAGAAAUGGAGCAAAGAAUGAUGUUUUGGUUUGUGCUCCUCCUCCUAUUUUCCGUUAAAUUGGCGCUCGGAGUGGGAUAUCAGGACGAAUUCCACGAGGAACUCUUCGUCAAGCCUCUGCCCAGUGGACAUAUCAACACAUUCUUCCAAUUCACCACCAAAUGGCACUACAGCGAUAAGGGAGAUCUUCAUCACACUCACCUGGCUCCACGAUCCCUGGCUGAAAUCUUCCACGUGUAUAGCCUGCGGGAGUUGCAUGUGAGCCUCACGAAUGUCCUGUGGAGAUAUGAGAGUUGGGGUUAUCCGGUUGUUGAAGCGGGUCCGGGUGCUGAAGUUUGGGCUUGGUUUGAUGCACAGAAUGACCAGAAUACUCCACAGAGAAUUGAUGAACAGUGGAGGAAUCUGGUGGCCACGCUAUCAGGAUUGCUCUGUGCCUCACUUGGAUUUAUUGACGAUACCAAUACUGUUCAGCCUCAUUUCACCAUCAGACCACAGUUCUACUCCUCACUGCCGGUGAAUUCCAGUUUUGUGCGAUACUCAACGCUGCCGCAUGAGGUUGUGUGCACGGAGAACUUGACGCCGUGGAAGAAACUCCUUCCUUGUGGCCACAAAGAGGGAUUCUUGUCUCUGCUGAACUCUCAUCACAUACACGUGACGAAUUACCAUUCUUUGGGCAUUCACGUGAGGCAGCUAAGCUCAGCGAGAAGCCCAAGAAAGACGCUGGAGAUCAAGCAGACAGUGAACUUAGUGUACGAUCAGAUUGUCUUGGGUGGCAAGGAUUGGUCGGUGAGAAAACUCUUUGGUCAGGGCUUGAGCGGAUCAUGUCCGUUGGCUGAAUCCAGCAAAAUUUACCUCGAUAUGACUCAUUGCGGCCAUUUGGACUUCUCUCCGCCUCCAGAAAACACUGUCACGUCCAAGAGAGGCGGCAUUGAGACGACUUUCGCCGUCUAUGACAUCAAAAAAGAGAUUCCCGGGCGAAUGUUCAACUUGGCGGCUGUCCGGCGAGAAGAAGCCAAGCCUUCAGUGACCCUGGCAUCGCCUCCGCCGCUCUACGCAAAGCGAUACAUUCUGGGCGUUGGUCAGGAGCGCGGCAGGAUUGUCACGAAAAUCGUUAACACACACUGGGCAGAGUUGAAUGUGAUUGUGCAGGAGAAUAUUCCCUGGUUCGUUCCCAUCUAUCUGCACACACUCACACUGAAACUGGCGAAUGGCCAAGUGAUCCGUCCAGCAACCAUAAAGUACAUUCCUGGUCGGCAGAGACAGCGUGCUUAUCACCUGGAAGUGGCUUUCCGUCUGCCGGCACGAUCAACAGUCGAAAUGUCCAUCCACUUCGACUACAUCUUCCUCAAGUGGCAGGAAUACCCGCCAGACGCCAAUCACGGACACUACUUGGGCUCAGCGAUCGUGGCUGCGCAACUUCCCAUUGCCAGGAAUUUCACGGCAGUCCCUGUGGACGGAUCUCUCUUCGCCGACAGCUUCAACGCCUCGCGGCCCGGCUACUACGUCCAGAUCCGCACUGAAUCCCUCCUUCUGACGCUGCCCACCCCCGACUUCAGUAUGCCAUAUAACGUCAUUUGCCUGGCCUGCACUGUUGUGGCUCUGGCUUUUGGCCCCAUCCACAACAUGUCCACCAAGAGGAUCGUAAUCUUACCCAAAGAAGCACCCAAGAGCCUCCUGGCCACGCUGCGCCAAAAGCUGGGGUUCGCCGCCAAGGCGAAAGGGCAACAGGAGACUGAUAGCCAAAGUCAUGAGAAGAGUGAAUAAAAGCUCGCUUGAGCACAUUGAGAUACAUUAUUACAAUCUACAGUACAGUUAUUGUAUAAUUGAGAUACACUGGAGAGACUCUCCGUGGCGAAAACAUCUCUGCACAAUCAAGUCCAUAGCGAGAGAGUUGAAUUCAAGUUCCUCUGCAAUCAAGCUGCGAAGAGAAUAAAGAUAUGGACAAAGUUA